UGCACCUGCACUCAUGUAAACACACACAGCAGUAGAUUCAAGUUUGAGGACUGUUUGAAUUUACUUCUGGCAAGUGCAACAGAAGUUGAUUGUUUUCCGUUAUUUAACAUCGUUUUCGGCGACAGUUUUGGUGCAAUAUGGUCAAGAGAAGAAGGGGUAAUGCAGGUCAAAGUGUAAGACAGGGGCUGGAGACGGAUAGGGAGCGCGCUGUCAACGACGAUGUUUCCCUUGCUCGUGGUCGUCUUCGGGGGGCCUUGCACCUCCUCCUUGAUCCAUCUGAGUCAUGUGGAAAUGAUGAACUUCAUAAACAUCCACACAAGCGUAAACAAGAUGAACUUUUGAGCCAAUUGAAGCAAGAGCAACUCCUUGCCAGACAGGAAGAAAAGCGAGCAGCGACUGCAGCUCGUAGAAAGCAGCGACGGGCUGAGAUGAGUCAAGUUGCGUAUCACAAUACAUUUGUGAUGAAACUCUUUGACCGUAGUGUGGAUUUGGCACAAUUUAAAGAUGGAACCCCUCUUUACCCCAUUUGCAGGGCAUGGAUGGCUAAUCAGCCACGUAAUCUUCAGUUGAAGGAAAUCAAAAGAUCACAAUCACCAGAAACCAAACCAAAGCAGGAACCAGUUGAUGAUGAUGAACGGGUUGCAAAUGGCUCUGGUGAGGGCAUGGACAUGGAUGAUCCAGAGGUUGAUGCUGAUCUUGUGAAAGACACGUACAGUCUACCGCCUCCAAAUUCCCUUGCCUUUUUAAGAUAUCCAAUCCAAAAGCCAGAUGCAGCCUCCAACUUAGAUAUUAUCAUUAAUGGCUCCGAAUCUCUUAGCAAAGAAGAACUGUUGAAAGAACAUGUUGCUAAAUGGACAGGUGUCCGUAAUGACUGGAUCAAAGUGGCCAAUGAAAAUGAAGAUAGAUUCAAGCAGAGCAAAAGAAUACUGAAAGCUAUUUAUGAAAAGGCUCAAAAGGCAUUUGAGUGAUGCUUUGCCUCUCCAAUGUAUGCCAGUUGUACAUAUUUUCAUGUGGACUUCACUUGUGUGUAUGUAUUUGGCAUAUGCAAGUCAAAAUAAUUAUAGUAUAAUUUAAAUGUCAAAUAUUACUGUCAUAAAAGUAUAUUUUAAUAGUGAUCCAGUCUAUAAUGUACAAUUUACUGGCAAGUCACAAUACUAGUAAUUAAAACUGAUAAAAAUAGA